CAUCCUCCAUCCAGAAUUCUCUCUCUCUCUCUCUCUCUCUCUCUCUCCUCCAAACCGUAAAGACGCUUUCUAGCAUUUGCUUUUGCCUCUCUGGAAAACAUCUGAAUCAUUUUAACCAACUCCAGCUGUCGCCCUGGUGUGGGUGUGUGAGAAAGUGCAUGUCUGUGAAUGAGAGGAGACUCAAGCGACGGUGACGUUUAGAUUUACAAAAAAAAAAAAAAAAAAAGUUAGGAUAUUUUGCCUGUUUUUUGUCGGUAUGAACGCAGAUACGUGCGUCUCAUACUGCGAUAUGACCUCAAUGGAUUCAUAUUAUUCGCCAUCAUCAGGGCAAGGGAGAGUCCAACAGGCCAGUCCUUACAGGACGUUCCAACCGAGCGACUCCAAAUACAGUCCCACUUUCCUCCCCGCCAAAGGUCAAUCUUACGGGGACAAGCCGCGGAGUCCUUUCCACCAAGAGUGUCCGUCACUGGAUGAUAGCACACCAGAGAGCGCCUACAGCAAGUACCAUCUUUUCAUGCAGAGACCCACAUGCAAAACUCCCCCUGAAGACAGCAAACUGGAGGACGGCGCGCUCAUCUCAUGCUAUGGUAAAGAUGGCACUGGACUGACAGACACAGAGAUGCCUCAGACUGCUGAUCCCACAGGUAUUGAUGGUAGUUACAUCAAUGUGAAAGACUCCGGGGUCAAAGGUCAAGCAGAACGGGCUGUCUCUGAGCUCGGCAGUCCUCUGGACAAGAGUGAGGCUGAGAGCAACAAAGGCAAGAAGAGACGGAACCGCACCACCUUCACCAGCUAUCAGCUGGAGGAGCUGGAGAAGGUUUUCCAGAAGACACAUUACCCAGAUGUUUAUGCUCGAGAACAACUAGCACUCAGGACAGACCUCACAGAAGCAAGGGUGCAGGUGUGGUUUCAGAAUCGCCGGGCCAAAUGGAGAAAAAGAGAACGCUUUGGUCAGAUGCAGCAGGUUCGAACACACUUCUCAACAGCAUAUGAGCUUCCUCUUCUUACACGACCAGAAAAUUAUGCACAGAUUCAGAACCCAUCAUGGUUAAGUGGCAGCAGUGCAGCCUCACCAGUUCCUGGCUGUGUGGUACCUUGUGAUACCGUAGCUUCCUGCAUGACCCCUCACCCUCACUCUGCAAGUGGUGUGUCUGAUUUCCUUGGUAUGCCAAGUCCAGGUGGGAACAUGGGACAGACACACAUGGGCAGUUUUUUUGGCAACUCUGGAGUAGGUGGAACCAUUAAUGGAUUUGAUCUCAACUUCGAACCAGAUCGCAAAUCCUCCAGCAUCACCAGCCUGCGUAUGAAAGCAAAGGAGCACAGCGCUGCAAUCACAUGGGCCACAUGAUGCCUUCAUCUGGGACACAGAAGACCAGACAACCUCAGCCCUAAGCUGUCAGCACUAAUGAGGUGAACGUUUGUGCCAUCUGGAGCCAAUAUGAACAUGAGAAAUGGAGGCUAAAAAGCUUUAAAACACUUGUAGGAGAUUUAAUAUUGAAGUUUUUUAGAGGAAGUGGAUUGUUCAGAGCUUGAAUGUGUGGAAAACAAAGAGCCAGUUUCAAAAUGGAGACUGUUUUAUGAAUAUACUGACUUUCCAUAUAUUACCAUUGACAUUUUUAUAUAUAUAUAUAUUUUACCUUAACUACCAGACAUAUACACUACUGUUCAAAGGUUUGGGGUCCGCAGGAUUUUUUUGUUUGAUUUAUUUGAAAUAUUUUUUGUAACAUUAUAAAAGUCUAAAGUAUAAAAAAUAUUCUGAAAAUGACAAAAAAAGUGAGCAAAUGAUUUUUCACUUUUGGGUCAAUUAUCCCUUUAAGCCUUUAAAUAAGUGGUAAAUAAAUAAACAUGAUUUGUUUAAUCAAAUUCAAAGCAGUAAAAGUGCUCCACAAAGUACAUAAUAUUAUAAAAUAGCAAAUUUGCACUUGAAAGCUUGCUGGGUCAAAAUGACAUUUUAUCAGAAUUAUUUGAAUUGAAUACCUGAGCAGGACAUGUUGUCAGUGCUUGGCUUAAGAUGUUUCUUGCAUCAGUUCUUAUGCACUAUAGGCUUAAACAGCUCACUAAGGAUGGGGCAGAAUAUAGAGACAUAAUAAAAUAAGAAUAAUUGCUUCCCAUUCCAUGUGAGACAUUAUCUAUUGAGCAGAAUUCUGUACCAGCCAAAGAGCACACCUAAUAGAUCCAGACGGCGUUACAGCUACUCUAUAUAAGCCAAUGAACAUCAGGUUUCGUCUCUUCAGUCUUGAUAUGCCGAACAUUCCGAUUCCAUCCUUCUCAAGCGCCCAAAAUACUCACUUUAAUCACAGCCACAUUCUCUAAACCAGAGGUAAUGGGACAUUGUUUCCAGACAAAUGCUGGAAUGUUAUGUUUGUUUUGUGUUAGAGGGACACGACUCCAUCAGCUGGAACAUAAGCUUAACUUCAUUAAUUUCCUGGCUCGAUGCAGCAUUAGGCCCUCGCACCAGCAUAGGUCUAGUUUCACCCGCUGCAGAGUGGGUCACCAUCCAAAACCUCUGCUUCUUUUCAACAUUCUGGAUAUCAUGAAGUGUGAAAAGAGGCACUAGGUUUGGCGCCAUUGGGGUUCACUAGCAAUAAUGUGCUGCAAAAUGAUGACUUUUUAUCAGAUGCUGAAAGGAGUAAAUUUAAGUUUUCUUUUACAUUUAGGAAUAAUUGAUCCAGUUGAUCCCUCUCAGUCACAUUUUAUGAGACUAUUUAACGUCCGAAUGAAAACCAACAGCUGGUAUAAAAAGACAACGCAGCUGGGGAUUAAACAGUAGAUAUUAAAAUAGAUUAUAGUCAAAGCUACACUAUGUAACUUUUUGAUUGAAAGCAACCAAAUGUAAAUAAAGAUCGCACUUCAUAAUCCAAACCCUGUUUUUGCCUCACCCUAAAUGAAUAGGAAGCCUACAAUAAAUUGGUAUAUUAGAGCUGUUGGGAUGGAUUUCCCGGGAAACUGCAUACUUUCAUAAUUUGUCCAUGACUGUUCAUGAUAUUUGUCAUUUGAUGUAAUUACAAAUUACCAAAAUAUUCACAUAAUUACUAGGGGUUGAUGAUAUGUGUUUUCAGGGGCAUUAUUAUAGAUUAAGUAGAUCGAUAAGCGAUAUUUUGAACCGAUAUGUCUGGUGUAAAAAUGAAAAUUAAUGUCAAAAUUAAGAAUUACAAGGGCUCUAACAAAAACUUUCUUUAAAUGCUUUUAAAUUAUUUAAUUUGGCGAAUCACUUUUGAAAAUGAGCAAUACCGAUAACCAUAAAAAUGCUUAAUUUCGGCACUAAUAAUCCAUCGACCCCUAAUAAUUACAAAAUAUAGUUCCUUCGCAAGUAGCUUGUAGUUUUAUGCUUCAACCAAUAAAGGGUAAAAAGUUACAUAUUAAAAACAGCUCAUUAUGUAAAUCAGU